AUGGCUGAACACAACAUCGUCGUGCUUGGAGGUGACCACUGUGGUCCUGAGGUCGUGGCCGAGGGUAUUCGGGUUCUCAAAACUAUCGAAGAGAACAAACCUAGCGUUGGCAAGUUCAACCUUCAUGACCAUCUCAUGGGUGGUUGCUCCAUCGAUGCAAACGGCAGCCCUCUGACCGACGAGACCCUCGCCGCCGCAAAGGCAGCCGACGCCGUCCUUCUUGGUUCCAUCGGCGGUCCUGAAUGGGGAACCGGCGCUGUCCGCCCCGAACAGGGUCUGCUGAAGCUGCGAAAGGAGAUGGGCACAUACGGAAACCUGCGACCUUGCUUCUUUGCCUCCGAGUCGCUGGUCGACUCGUCACCUCUCAAGGCCUCCGUGUGCAAAGGAACCGACAUCGUCAUCGUCCGGGAGCUCACGGGUGGUAUCUACUUUGGUGAGCGCAAGGAGGACGACGGCUCCGGUACAGCAUGGGACACAGAGCCUUACUCGCGCGUCGAGAUCGAGCGCGUGGCUCGUUUGGCUGGAUUCCUUGCCCGUGGCCGCGGUGACAAGAAGGUGUGGUCUCUCGACAAGGCCAAUGUGCUGGCGACAAGUCGGCUGUGGCGCAAGGUCAUGACGGAGACGUUUGAGAAGGAGUUCCCUGACCUCAAGGUCGAGCACCAGCUUAUUGACAGUGCGGCCAUGAUCCUGGUCAAGAACCCCACUGGUCUUAACGGUGUUGUCGUGACGAGCAACCUGUUUGGCGACAUCAUCAGUGACGAGGCUAGUGUUAUCCCUGGUAGCAUUGGCCUGUUGCCCAGUGCCAGCUUGAGCGGUAUUCCUGACGGCAAGGGCAAGUGCAACGGUAUCUACGAGCCCAUCCACGGCUCCGCUCCUGAUAUCUCUGGCAAGGGCAUCGUCAACCCCAUCGGCACGAUCCUGUCCGUCGCCAUGCUGCUCCGAUACUCGCUCAACCUGCCCGAGGAGGCCAAGGCUGUCGAGGAUGCCGUCCGUGUGGCCCUCGACGGAGGUCUGCGCACCAAGGACCUCGGCGGUAACGCUACCACGAAGGAGGUUGGCGAUGCAGUUGUCAAGGAGCUCGAGAAGAUCAUCAAGGCUUAA